AUGAGUGUUAUAAACCGUAAAAGACCAAGAGGUUUUAGUGAUUAUAAAGAAAGUUAUAAUUAUGACUUAGAUAAAAAGGAUUAUUAUCAAGUAUUUGAAGAUAUAGAAGUUGACGAGGAUGAUGAUUUAAUCAUCUUAGAAGAAAGAAAUCUCCAAGAUUUCAAGAUCACAAGACCAAAAAGGAAUAAUAGUGAUUCCAUUUUAAAUUUUGAUAGGGAUUCUCAUGAAGCUUUUAAUUUAUAUAAUGUCAACUACAUUUCAUCAAACUCCUUGACUUUCAACGGAAUGUAUGACAAAAAGCAAAGAACAAAUUCAUUACCUCAAUUACCUCAGGUUAAAUGUAAUUAUUUCAAGAUUCCUGAAAAUUAUAUUUUAAGUCAAAAUAAAAUUGGUAAUAUCAAAACAGCAAUUGUUCCAUACAAUUCUAAUGGUCCACCAUGUGAUGAUAAAAAUGGCCAUUAUAUUAUUGAACCGAACUCUCCAUUUACUGAGCGUUAUAUGAUAAUAAGAUUGCUCGGUCAAGGAACUUUUGGUAAAGUUGUAGAAUGUUAUGAUAGAGUUAAUAAUGAAAAUGUUGCCAUAAAAAUUAUAAGGAACAUUCCAAAAUAUAAGGAUGCUGCAAAGAUUGAAUUAAGAAUCUUAUCAACUUUGAAGAAAUUUGAUGAUAAAAACUUAAAUCAUUGUAUUCAUUUACGUCAAUGUUUCGAAUUUAGAGGUCAUAUUUGUAUUGUCACGGAUUUAUUAAAAAUAUCCCUUUAUGAUUUCUUAGAGAACAAUCAUUUCAUACCAUUUCCAGGAUCUCAAAUUCAAGCAGUACUGAAACAAUUAAUUAGAUCAACUACUUUUUUGCAUGAUUUGAAUUUGAUUCAUACUGAUUUGAAGCCGGAGAAUAUUUUACUUUAUGAUGAUUCGUUCAUCAAAAAACCUUUAAAAUCACAAACUUUGAUCAACUCUUUUAUGAAGUUAUCAAAUGUCACUAACCCUAAAAAGUUACCAAGGACGUCUCAAGUUUUGAAAAAUCCAUCGAUCCAAAUCAUUGAUUUUGGUUCGGCUAUAUUUAAUGAUGAAUAUCAUUCAUCUAUAGUAUCAACAAGACAUUAUAGAGCUCCUGAGAUUGUGCUAGGUACUGGUUGGUCAUUCCCCUGUGAUAUGUGGUCAAUUGGUUGUAUAAUGGUGGAAUUAAUUAUUGGUGAACCAUUAUUCAAAACUCAUGAUAACUUAGAGCAUUUGGCAAUGAUUGAGAAAUUCGUAGGGUAUCCUAUUGAUAAAUCAAUCAUCGAACGUUCAAAACAAUGUGACAAUGAAUGUGGAAUCCAAUAUUUUGAUGAUAACGAUUUAUCUUUGAUGUUUCCUCGUUCAGACACCCCAGCACAAUUCAUUAAUAAUGUAAAUCAGCUUAACCGUUUGGAUUUCUUCAUAUCCAAUAGGAUAGGGUUGAAAAUCAAUUUUGAUUAUACUUUGAAUUAUAAUUAUGAUCAAAAUAAAUCCGUGAUAAAUUUCGGUAAUUUCACUUUUUGGUGGUUCUUGAUAGAUUUAUUGAAAUGCUUGUUUGUGAUAGAUCCCGAAAGAAGAAUAAGUGCUGAAGAAGCAAUGAAUCAUCCAUGGUUCAAUUUGGGUAUUGAGGAUGAAGGUACUAUAUAG